AUGCCAAUCUGCGGCAGUGUGUUCUUCACGUGGUCAUCCAAAGGGAAUCGGAUUCUCAUCGAAGGAGAUUACAAGUACAGGGUUAAUGGGAUGUACAACGAUAAGAUAAGAUGGCGGUGUGCGAGCCACGAAAAAAACAAGUGCAAGGCGAUUGUACACACGUUAGGACACGAAAUAAUCUACAGGGCUAACCCUCAUAUCUUCAAGAUUCGUGAAGUCUCGCCGUGGAAAGACCAUGAUUCAGAUAGGUCGGUUCACGUUCUGCUCCCAAAUGGUAACGGGCCUGAAGACCAGGUGGGUCUGCUCCACCCACAACCACAAGCAAUGCCGAGCGCAUUAUCCGAAAAGACAAUCAUAUCUGAAGUUUCAAAAUAUGGCAAAGUAUACCCGGUUAAAACAAGCUUUAAGGAACCAUCUGCUGAAAAAAGUAAAAAUAUCGACGCUUUAACUGAAGAAGUAAACGAGCCCGAAGCACCAAAGUACGGCAAAGUAUACACGAGUAAGAAAAGUCUUUUAAACCUAUCUGCUGACAAAAUUCAAGGUGAUGUUGAUGAGAUAUGUAAAAAAUAUUUGCAAAAUAUUAUGGAUGCGUCUAAAAACGUAACGGUACUCUCAGUUGUUAAAAUACCUCCAGUGAAUUUGGUAAAAGAAGUUGAAAAACAUUUGACACUGAACAAGGAGAAUAAACAGGUUGUGUCUUUAGAGAAGCCUGCAUUAGAAAAAGCAAAACUAGAAAAACUGAAUGAGAACGAAGAUAAACCUAAACCUGAAAGAAAACGUGUUAGACGUCUCAAUGUGCCGCCGGGAAAAUCUGUAUCCGCGGAGGAAGUAGAAAUGUAUUUGACAAAUGAAUAUGAAUAUGAAGAUGAAAUAGAAAAACAGAAUGAGAACAAAGAUAAACCUAAACCCGAGAGAAAACGUGCUAGACGUCUCAAUGUCCCGCCGGGAAAAUCUGUAUCCGCGAAAGAAGUAGAUAUGUAUUUGACAAAUGAAUAUGAAUAUGAAAUAGAACAACCGAAUGAUAAUAAAGAAAACUCUACACAAGUUGAACUGCAAAAGAAGCGUAUUAAUCGUUCUAAUUUGCCGAGAAAAUGUGAGUUAGCAAAAGAUACUGAAAGUUUAUCGACAAAAGAAGAUCAAGAUAGAGCAAAAGAACAUAAUGAGAAUAUUACACAAUGUGAAUAUGAAUGUGUUAAACUAAGAAAUUUGCUUCUUGGACAAAAGAUCCCAGAAGAUGUUGAAAUAGAUUUGACAAACGAAGAAGAAGAAGAUAAUUAUGUUACACCUCCAAGGGAUUUAACAUCAUUUGAAGAAGUAAACAUGAAUUUACUAGAAGAGCUCAAUAAAAAGAAAAUUAACUGUCCCCGUUCACUAUCGGAGGAAGGUGAAAAUAAUAAGAAAUGUCAAUUGCCAGUAAUACGUGCCAUUCGGUUUGAACUACCUCCAGGGAAAUCAGUAUCAGCCAAAGAUGUUGAAGUUAUUUUAAAAAAUAAAGAAGAUGAGCUUAAAAACAAAUACUAUCACACUACUAAACACUAAUUAACAUAAGAAACAAAUUUUAUUUUUAUAGUUGACUAAGUAUACCAAUCAAAAUAUUAUGGUGCAAAAUAAAUUAUUAAUAUAGUGCAUCAUCAAAAUUACUUGUGAUAUAAUAAUAAGUGCCUUUGAGGAUUUGUUGACUAGUGCCUUACUUUCUAUUAAUUAGGUAUUACAAAUUGCGGGACAGUACGUCGAAGGACGGUCCUUAAAUUCUAAUAGAUUACGACACAACGUUCAUCGACGGCUGACUUUGAGCUUCGAAAUACGACAGCCCGUCGAAGAACGAACGUCAGCAAUAGAAAAUAUUGUAGGGUGACUUAGUAGUGUCGUAUUUGAAGAGUACAAAGCUGGCUAGUGUCACAUCGUAAAGUUUUAUGAGCACACACGUAAACUACACGCACACACUCAAAGUCGUCUCGUAUUGUGACACAACGACCGAGAAAGCGAUCUCCGGUUAGCGAUGGGCGAUUGUUCGAAAAAAAAAAAUCUAAUGAAUCGACAAUCGACCAAUCGAACUUUCGAUUGUCAAUUUAGUAAUUCGAAAAAUAAAAUCGAAUACUUAAUAAUCGACAAUCGAAUGAUAAAUCUAUUUACCUACCUGUACGCGACGAUUCAUUCGUUGUACCUAGUAGAU